AUGCUUGGCUUGGUGUGGUUGGUCAUCAUCCCACAAACGGUUAAUGCCUUUGACGUACUGCUCAACGAAGCGCACGUGGAUGCAGCCCAUAGAACAGUGGAAAUUGAGGGCGUGUCGCAGAAGUCUUGGAACGGAAUAAUCGGCAUUCUUUGUGCAGAGGUAUAA